AUGGGGGACACAAAGGCAGCAGAGCUCUGCUCUCUUCCACUCCCCGAGACCCGGGCCGCUACCAGCUGCAGCAUCAGCAACAGCAGCAGCUGUAUCAGCAGCAGCAGCAACAAUGCAGCAGACGAUAACAACUGUUACUGCAAAAUACUGGUCACAAAUCACCUUGCGGGGAUCAUCAUUGGACAAGCAGGUCACGAGAUCAGGGCCCUGAAAACCCUAACCGGGGCCAAGAUUGUGCUGUCGCCCCAUGGCAUGUACUUCCCUGGAACAAUGGAGCGCGUGGCGGCUGUCGAGGGCCCCGAGCAGGCAGUGUUUCACGUUCUAGACUGGGUGCUGGACAAGAUGGCUGUAGCAGCAGCAGCAGCAGCAGCAGCGGGAGCCGCAGUGGGAGGUUCGGUGUCAGUGGCUGGUGAGUGUCCAGGCGGGGCGUCGGCAUUGUUGAGCGAGGAACAGCAGCAGCAGCAGCAGCAGCAGCUGCUGCUGCAGCAGCAGCUCAGCACCGUGCGCAUCUGCGUCCCACGGGCCGUAGUGGGCUCCCUCAUAGGCAAGAACGGAGGCUACAUUCAGUCGCUGCGUGUAGCUACGGGAGCCACAAUAAAUAUAUCUCCAUUAUUUGUGACAGCAGAAGAAGCCUGUGCUGAACGCAUAGUAUCUGUUGAGUCGAGAAAGAGACAAAACUUGAAAGCUGCUGCCUUCACUCUUAUUAAAAAGAUUAACGAACACCCGGACAAGGGCUGCUGCAGACACGUCUGCUACUUCCGCAAGCACUCCUUUGAGUCCCCGCUGGCCGAGCCCCUUGCAGCUGCUCGCAGUAGGCUGCAGCAGCAACAGAUGCAGCAGCAGCAGCAUCAAAUGCAACAGCAACAGCAGAUGCAGCAGCUGCAGCAACACAGGGAGCAGGAACUCAGAAGGCGCGCCGUUUCUCUCGUCAUGGGGACUGUUUCCUCUAGCUCUAUGUUUGAUGCUGCUGCGGCCAACAGUGGCAGCAGCAACAGCAGCAACAACCUUGUUCCUGCUGCAGCAGAAGACAGUUUCGCUGCCGCCUUCAAGCGCUUCUGUGAAGCGAGAGCAACGGCCAAGGCAGCAGCCAAAGAAGCCCCUGCAGCAGCGGCAGCAGCAGCUGCUGCAACUGUGGCAAAGGCCAGAGCAGCAGCAGCUUCGAGGAUCUCCGCAGCGGCAGCUGCAGCAGCAGCACAAGGCGGUGCUGCAAUCGACGCAGUACCUACUCUCACACGCAACAUGAAAGAGGUGAUUGCUCAGGCGCGUGCCGCUAAGGAAGCAGCAGCAACUGCCGAAGCGACAGCAACAGCAGCAGCAACAGCAGUAGCAGGCAAGGGCCCCAACGAAACUGUGUGGGACUUCUCUGCAUGCAGCACAGCAGCAGGCAGCACCGAUAAACUACCAACUAUCUCUGAGGACGGCAGCAUUUACAAUGCCACGAUAGAAGAGGAGGAGACCAGUAGCCGCGCGCGGCUGCAGCGGCAGCAGCAGCAGCCCAGCCUUUCCCUAUUAAUCCUCAUCGCAGUCUUUCUAGCAGCACUUCUCCGGAUCGUCUUCAACAACUAA